AUGGCUAUUAAAGGAAUAAUGCUGCUGAUCCUCCUUACAAAGUGCCCUGAGAAAUGGUUUAGCCAAAUCACAGUGCCUCUUGUCAAACUGAAUCAUGUUCAGCUGCUCUCUUCCAUGACCAAAUCACUGAUACGUAGCUGCCUCCUUCUCUUCUCCUUUCUUGCAACAGUAUGGGAGGACGAAAAGGAUCCAGCUGGCCCCUGUCUGAGCUGGGUAACAUCAUCGUCGCAGGCAGGCCAGUCUAGCUCAGAGGGCUUCAGCGUUUCUCCUAAUUCUCCUGAUGCACCCAAACAGAGAGUUUUUGUCACAGGCCUUCAUGAAAAUGUGUCAGGGAACUGCCGUGCUAAAAGGCACUGCUUUGAAAAGUCUAAAUGGAUAAUUAUAGAUCAGCGGUUUGAGAAAGUUUCCUAUUUCGUCUUUGGAGAUUUUAACUUUAGACUGGAUGCCAAAGCAGUAGUAGAGACACUAUGUGCAAAAGCUACAAUGCAGACUAUCCGGGCAGCUGACACAAAUGAAGUAGUCAAGCUAAUAUUUCGUGAAUCUGAUAAUGACCGAAAGGUUAUGCUACAAUUAGAAAAGAAGCUUUUUGACUAUUUUAAUCAAGAUGUAUUUAGAGAUAACAAUGGCACUGCGCUUUUAGAAUUUGACAGAGAGCUGUCAGUCUUUAAAGACAGAUUGUAUGAACUGGACAUCUCAUUUCCUCCCAGUUACCCGUACAGCGAGGACUCUAGCCAGGGAAAGCAGUACAUGAAUACGAGAUGUCCAGCCUGGUGUGACAGAAUCCUGAUGUCCCACUCAGCCAAGGAGCUCAUUCUGAAAUCAGAAAAUGAUGAGAAGAUAGUAAUAUAUGACCACAUUGGGCCAAAUGUCUGCAUGGGGGAUCACAAGCCUGUGUUCCUGUCCUUUCGAAUAGCUGCUGGGGCAGGAAAAAGAUGCCUACGAACUGAGAAGAUUUUCCGUGAAACCACACUGUAG